CGUUCUCUGCGCGAAAAGUUCAACGUCGACACUCACACUGGCGGCGUAUCGUUGAGCGUCCCCAUACAGACAUCACUAGGGCGCAGUGGCUUUGGUCCUUCACUGGAUCUCGUGUAUAAUUCUGGAUCAGCCAGCAGCAAUGGCGUUUUUGGCUUGGGGUGGAGUUUGUCAGGUGUUGACAGCAUCUCUCGCAAGACAUCUGUUAUGAUUCCCGUUUACGACGACGACCAGGAUACUUUUGUUCACUCUACAGUUGGUGAUCUUGUCCCCAUAGUAGACACUGGCUCUGGAAAGCCUGUCGAGAGAGAUGAUGAGCUGGAUGGUAUCAAUUAUCGUGUUAGACCCUAUCGACCACGCGUGGAAUCGGAUCCUAUUCGCGUUGAGCGCUGGGUGAGUCAAGAUGGCUCUGAUGAAAUGCAUUGGAAGACAAUGUCCUCCAAUGGCAUUACAGUUAUCUUUGGCAAAGACGCUCAAUCUCAAAUCUCAUCUAACCGCGGAAAUGAUGACAAAGGAGAUCAUAAAUUAGUAUUCACAUGGCUAGGGUGCGAAAUAUACGACAGGAAUGGGAACCACAUGAUAUUUUCGUACAAGAGCGAGUCCACAGAUAAUCUAGCGGCAGCUUUCGACGACAACAUGAGAGCAUACGAGAAUCAUCGGAAUGCCACCACCCAACGCUAUCUCAAGUCAAUCAAAUAUGGUAAUAAGACGCCAAACCGCAAUUUGAAGGAUUGGACAAAGGUGCUCCCACCACCGCAAGACGACCCAUGGUACUGGAUGUUCGAAGUCGUCUUUGACUAUGGUGAACACGCUGGGGAGUCGCCCACUACAAAAGAAGAUUCGCAGGGAUGGGCACUUCGUCCAGACCCAUUUUCUUUUUACAAUAGUGGCUUCGAAAUUCGCACUUACCGACGUUGCCAGCGUGUGCUCAUGUUCCACCAUUUUCAAGAGUUGAAGUCCCAAGAUUAUCUCGUUGCUGCAACUGAAUUCAAUUAUGACGUGGAUCCCAAGUCCGGAGCGUCUGUUCUCCGGUCUUGCGUUCCGUGUGGCUACCAAUGGGACGAGACUGGCACAAAUUUGUCGUGUCUUCGACUGCCGGCCAUUGAGUUUGAAUAUUGGACGGCUCCAGAUAUUGCUGAUCUGGGCGUGGAAGAACUCCAAUUGGAUCUAGCUGGGCUGUCUACUCCCACAGUGCAAUGGGUUGAUUUGAAUGGCGAUGGCGCUCCUGGCAUCCUUGCACAUGGACCGGGCGUGGGAUGGUACUACUAUCAAAACAAUAGCUGUGAUACACCAAGCUUUAUAGGUCCCCAGUUAGUAUCCCCGAUUCCGAAUCUAACUGAGUCAGAUGACUGGAACUUUGAGGACUUGACUGGAGACGGGCACUUGGACGUGGUGGUGGCAUCCUCCAAGAACCAGAUGAACGGCUUUUAUGAGCACCGGGAUGGCGAAAAAUGGGCAGAUUUUGUACCCUUUCGUUCAUUUCCAAAUGUUGACUUCGCCACGGAUCCGGAUGUUCACAAGGUUGAUCUUAAUGGUGACGGCCAUGCUGACCUCUUGCUACUUCAGUAUCGGAAUGACAAUGAGUUUAUCUGGUAUCCAUCACUCGGUCGCGAGGGAUAUGACGCUGAAUACCGUACAAGAGGGGCACCAGGCUUGCCCUCGGGAGAAUCAAAUCUCACGGUACUUUGUGAUAUGGUAGGAGAUGGUCUUAGUGACAUUGUCUCUAUAUCUAACAGCAGCGUCCGCUAUUGGCCUAACAUGGGCCACGGGCGGUUCGGUCGUCAAGUUGUCAUGAGCAAUGCCCCGUUUCUAGCCGAUGAUGUUAGCUUCUCAACUCAACGCAUCCGUAUGGCCGAUAUCACCGGGACUGGAACUACCGACAUGAUCUAUCUCCCACCAGAGGGUGGUGCUCACAUAUAUUAUAACCAAUCUGGAAAUUGCUGGAGUCGUGCCCAUGUGUUGGAUUCAUUCCCUGUAUUGGAUCGUUCGUGCGCCACUGAUGUGCUGGAUAUUGGCGCCCGUGGUACGCAAUGCCUCUGCUGGACAUCAGAUCUCCUGAGCGGCGGCCCUGGAUUAACCACAGUACGAUUCUUUGACUUGAUGGGAGGGUGCAAAUCGGGGUUGCUGAAGAAGUGUUCGAAUGGAAUUGGUGGCCAAAUUGAGAUGGCUUAUCGCUCCUCUACUCAAUAUCAUAUGGAUGAUCAGCGUGCCGGGAGGAGCUGGAAAAGACGCCUACCAUUCCCAAUCCACUGCGUAGAGCGUGUCAUCACCAGAGAUCUUAUUGCCCAGACAGCCUAUACUAUGCGCUACGCCUACCACAAUGGCUACUAUGACCCAGUUGAACGGCAUUUUUGCGGCUUUCAGAUGGUGGAGGAAUGGGACGCCGAGGAUUUGGCUGCCUCAAAAUCAUCUCAGAAGAAGUUUCAGAGACCUCCAGUUCACACAAAGAGCUGGUAUUAUUUAGGCUUGCAGCAGAUGGACGAAGUUAUUGUGCUUCCCGAGUACUACCAUGUCGAUGUUCAGGACGCAUACAGAGCACUCUCAGGCCAGAGGCGCCGACAAGAAGUCUUUGGCGCCGACAGUUCUACUAAAACUCCAGUUCCGUACCUCGUCUCUCAACAAACAUAUGAGGUAGUGAUGCGUCAAGGUAUUCCUUCAGGACAACGGUAUGGAAUCUUCCGAGUACAUGGUCGCGAAGAACUCACAUGUCAUUACGAAAGAGACAUGAGUGAGGGCCUAGUACAGCACUCCUUGACGCUGCAAACAGACGACUAUGGAAAUGUCUGCAAACAAGUGGUUGUGAAUUAUGGGAAGCUCGAGAGUAACCUGGAAAAUGAUGAUGAUCGUAGGAAACAGCAAGAAACCGUUAUAUCCUACACGGAAUCAGAUUAUACAAAUGCUAUCGAUCCUACUUUAUCAACAGCCUCAGAGCAUUCUGGCUACUUUCAAACACCCCUUCCAUCCGAAAUUCGCCAAUACCGUAUACUUCCGGGAUCCGAAUGGGCUUGCAACUCGCCAAAUCGAUACACCUGGGAAACUUUGAAUGCAUCGCUACCAGGAAUAGACGAAGUUCCAAUUCAUGAAACCCCCAGUGGAGGUUCGGAAAAAGGCCUCGCAGUACUCGUUUCUAAAAAUCGUACCUUGUACAGCAAGGCGGAUCUCACCGGCCCAUUACUACUGCAUAAGCUGGAGCCAUUCUCGAUCGACUACCAGAGCUAUCAGUUUGCCUUUACCAAUAAGCUUCUGGAAGCGGCCCUGAAAGACGGCGAAUCUUUGCUGAUCAAUCCAGGAAAGCUCGCUGAGGAGUUGUCUAAGGGUGGUUACGUGCAGCUACCCGAAUUAGACGGUCAAAAUGAUGAGUGGUGGGCUCCAUCAUCUCGCAAACUAUUCAAGCAAAGCAUGAACGAUGAUAGUCCAGAGAAUAAUCUGGACAUUGCCAGGUCUCAUUUCUACAUUUCCAAUGCGGAAAUCAAUCAAUUUGGCUACGUCUCUCACCAGGAGAUGGACCAAUUUCAGCUUCUCUUGGUGAAAUCUGUCGACGCGGUGAAGAACGUGACAGUAUUUGACAAUAAUUAUGUGUAUUUGAAGCCUAAAUUGGUCACUGAUGCCAACUGCAAUCGAAUUGAAACUGUAUUUGACCCAUUUGGGCGUCCCUUGGGUAUCGCAGUCGCAGGAAAACAGACGGAGACGCUCGGGGACAGUCUCGAUGGCUUCUUGAGUGCACCAACUGAGGAACAGCUAGAACAGUUCUUCAACGACCCCUCAGGACCAAUAGCUGCACAGCUCUUGGGUAAUGCAGGGCGUAGAUUCAUAUAUCACGAUCACUUUCAGCAGGAUUCGGAGCCGGCAAAUAUGUUACCAAGUUUUCAGGCAGAGCUUGUACGUGACACCCAUUAUAAGAAUGAUGACGGUCAACCUGUUUCUUCGCAAAUUUCUGUCAACUUCGUCUAUCUUGAUGGCCACAGUGAGGCAAUUCAGGAAGCUUCUCUCUCUGGAAGCGACAUAGCCACUGAGAAAUGGCGCCUCACCGGCUGGGCUAUCCGAGAUAACAAAGGCCAGGUUGUUAAGCAGUUCCUGCCAUCCACAGCCGCAACGCACAGAUUCCGCCCUCAGGCAGACAGUUCACAAGCCCCCGCCACAACGCUGCUGCGAGAUCCCCUGGAUCGUGUAGUUGCGGUGGUGAAUGCUGAUCAUACCUGGACCAAAACCAGGUUUACAGCGUGGACGCAGGUUGACUUUAACGCAGGAGCCACUGUCAAGAUUGACGAUCCAGCCGCUGAUGCGGAUGUAGGCAACUACUUUACUAUGCUGGACCGCGAUUCGUAUUUUCCAACCUGGUACAACAGCCAAGAGACUCCUCGUGAAGCAGCUUCCAAGUCUAAGAUAUAUCACGACACACCAAAAACCAGCCAUUCAGAUGCCGUAGGACGAGGAAUUCUGCGAGAUGCUCUAGAUCGUGUUGUAUCAGUGACCAAAUACGACUUGCUCGGGCAUCCGCUACACAGAAUUAGCAUGGACAGCGGAAGUGCAUGGAAUCUACCCAACUGUUUGGGUUCACCAUUUUUAUCUUGGACUGGCCGAGGUAUCCGACACCGCAAUUCGUACGACGGGGUUGGGAGAGUAGAGAGUGUCAAGAUUCAGCUAUCUCCUUCAACCCCGGAGAUUACGGUGGUGAAGAAUAUAUAUGGAGAAGGCCGGCCAGACUCCUUGACAAACAAUCUCAACGGCAAGCUUUAUCAAACGUAUGACCAAUCCGGACUACAAACCAACAAUCGCUUUGACUUCCACGGCAGCUGCAUCGAAUCAUCUAUUAAAUACGCUGUCGAGUAUAAAAAGACGUUAGAUUGGUCCGUAGAAGCCAACAACGCGUUAGAAGAUACCGAGUACAAGACCAAGACUUUGUUCAACGCCCUCGGCCUCAUCGUUUACACAGAAGAUUCUGGUGGAGAAAGCAUACGGCGCACGUACGACGUCGCUGGCCAUGUAAAGACUCUCAAAUCUUUCGCCAAAGACGGACAGACUGUCACAUCCUCUGUUGACAAUGUCUCAUAUACUGAAGAUGACAAAGUGUUGUCAAUUAAUUACGGCAAUGGAUCUCUCACUACGCAUCAAUAUGACCCAAAAACACGACUACUAGUCGGAACAAUCACAAAGCGCUCUAGCGACGAGGCUGUCCUAGAGGACAUUUCGUACAUGCAUGAUUGCAUCGGAAAGGUAAUCAAGAAGACUAACAGCGUCGAGGAAACCAUUUAUUUCAAUAACUGCGUUAUAUCUCCUUCACAAGAGUAUCGCUAUAACCCGCUUGGGCAACUCAUCAAAGCCACAGGUCGUGAGCAGGUUGACGCUUCUAGAAGUGGUCAAAAGCGCUUACGUCCGCAUGAUGCAACCUCUUCAAGAAGCAAUAAAAUUCCCGGAGACGGCCGUCAGAUGGUUGAGUACAUUGAGACUUAUGAGUACGAUCUGGGAGAAAAUAUCAUGAAGGUAAAGCAUGCUCCACGAGCAGCAAAAGAUUACUCUGGUUGGACACGGACAUAUGUAUAUGAUGAGCCCAGUUGCAUAGACAAAGCUGUGAAAAGUAAUAGGCUGAGCAGCACAGCCAUCGGAAACGUGACGGAAACCUACCAAUACGACGAUGAUGCAGGUCGCAACGGUUGCAUAACGUCCAUCCCUGGCUACACAGCGCUCUCCUGGAAUCACAACGACAAGCUGCGUUCGUUCUCAACACAAAGGGUCUCGAAAGAAGAUGCAACGCCAGAGACAACGUGGUACAUCUACAAUGCUCGGGGUGACAGAACCCGAAAAGUCACCGACGGAGCAUCAAGGGGCGAUGAUGCUUCGACUGUUGUAAGGAUCAAGGAGACGCGGUACCUUCCCAUGAGAGAUGUCUUCACCACGUAUCAUGGAGACGGGCUCUCGGUAUCUAACCAGAUCACCACAACAACUAUUGGCGACUCAAGUCUUUCUGGGACGCCAAUUAUGAUGCUUGAACACAACGCCAAUACACAGGAGCAAGUAAUUCGAUACCAGAUAAGCCAUAAUCUCGAACUUGACGACACCUCCCAAAUUCUCUCCUACGAAGAAUACUCUCCUUUUGGAUCAAGCACAUACCAGGCUCUCAAUAAGGGUAUCCCUCGCAAGUACCGCUUCAUGGGCUACGAAAAAGAUAGGGAAAGCGGUCUUUAUGCCUGUGGUGCAAGAUAUUACGCUCCAUGGCUAGGGCGCUGGACUUCUCCGGAUCCAAUUGGCCCGGAAGAUGGACUCAAUCUGUAUGCCUAUGUAGGAAAUGAUCCGGUUAAUUUCCAUGACCAGCAAGGCACG